AAGACUUGAUUCUGGCGCAGAUCUCGGCUGCCAGAUUGUCCUCUUUUACAUCGCUCGUCCGAGGCCAGCGAUGCUCAACUUCCAGUCAUGGACGAUCACGUCGAGCCGGGGCCUCGAGCGGGCUCUAGCAGCACGAGUGCGUGGUCUUUCAUGGACCAGACAGAGGUGAAUGAUAUCCGCCUGCCCAGAGUCGAGAAGGACGCCGAUGAUCCGACCAAUCCGCCCAGCUCUCAUACUGCACCACAACAACGUCAGUCCACGUCAACGACGUUGAGUCGGCUAUUCGCAGUGCAAGCGGCGACCUCGCCGGAGACAUCUCGACAUACGUCGUUUCUAUCACCACAGCAUCCGAGAAGUUACAGUCGUGCAGUCCAAGCGGAAACAGCAGCUUUGCCCGAUCACCUAUACAGUCGAGGUCUUCUCUCAGGCAAGCACUCCGACAUUGUAGUCCAUGCCUUUGGCCAACAAUACAAGCUCCAUCGCUUGAUUCUGGAUCGCUCGCCAUUCUUUGCAACAGCACUCAGCGAGCCAUGGCUGGAGGCUCAAGCAAGCGAGAUGAGUGUGCACCCAGAAGACAUUGACAGCGCCAUCGACCAGCCAUCCUUCGAGCUGGCUUUGAGACGACUCUAUGGCUGUUUCGAUCUGGCCGAAGAGGACCAGAACCCUGCAGGGCUCUUCGCGACUGCAUGCUGGUUGGAGAUGAAAGAUCUUGUGGCAUCCACAAUCGAUUCCAUGCUACGCCAAAUGAACCCAGACAACCUGGCUCAUUACAUCAGACUAGUGACUACCAACUACUACGGCAAUUCUGGAGGCAAGAUCCUGGCUAGUGCCAAGUCGAUGCUUUGCAGAGAUGGAUGGCAGAUGCCCUUGAGAUUCUGGGACGGUAUACCAGGAGACAUCAUACGAGAAAUCGUUGGUGGUGAUGGAUUCUUCGUCGAAGGCGAGAUGGACCGCUGGUUGCUCGCAAAACGAAUUCUUGACCGCAGACUAAAGGUUCAGGCAACUGCAGCCGACCUUGUCGACCCGAGCUCACACAAGGUCCUCAAAGCGCCCGAGGCAGCUAGUCUCAUGGCUGUGCGGUUCGAUGCGGUAUACCGCAACAGCGCUGCCAACGGUCGAGGCGUUUCCGACAGCUUUCAGAAGUGGCUAAAUUUAUACACUCAUCCAGAGAUCGAGCCUCUCUUGGUCCUGCUGGACGAAGGCAUACAUUACGUUCACUUGGACUUUGAGCAAUUGCAAUUCAUCCGUCGGAGCAAGGACGUGUUGGGUCUUCCAAUGGUGCCCGAGAAAGUCGUCACCACGGCCUUGUGGCAAGCCAUGGAGCUGCGACAGAGUGUUUUGAACGCUCGAGAUGGUGAUUUGGAGCUCGGACUAGGUCUUCAGUGCACAGACGCAAGUCCAGAGGAUGCCGGACGCGAUACGACCAUGUCUAUACUAGCCAGUUCAGAGUCACAACGCCCAAAGGGCAAACGCAAGGUCUCUGACAACGACAAUCCCGAAUCGGAUAUCGACAGUGGCUCUUGGGAUGGUAAUGGCAAGCCGAGGAAGUUCUGGAUACCAAAUAGUGACUGCAAUAUUGUCAUGGGCGGCAAUUCAUUGCCGAUUAUUGCCACUGCGAAUAGUACUGUUGUCCAGCGACAUGCCAGCCGACUGAGUGCCACCAUCCAACCGGAGGACGUACAGUGGGCUUCUGAUUUCAUGUCCGCAACUUCGAGAUCAGGAGCAGCCGCUCCGCCCAGCGACGACGCCGUCGGCAAUGAUAUCCCGGAAUAUACCAAGUUUCCACCAUUUCGCUUCUCCGCCGAGUUUCCAAACGCUCGCCUACUGAAAGAGAAGAAGCGAGUAUACAGUCGAACGGUGUUCUAUGCCGGAAGCCUGUGGAACAUAUACAUUCAAAAAGUCGCAUCAUCACGCAGCAAACAGCUCGGUGUCUACUUGCAUCGAGCGAAGGAGCGAGAGACGGAGGAAGUGAUCGCCGGCACCGCAGGUCUUGCUCAGGGUAGUGUAGACGAGCGAAUCGGACAACUAGAACGAGAACUCAUUCUCCGUGGCGAGCGACGCGAUCGUAGGCAUCGCAGACGGAUGGGUCUCACCAACAGUGACCCUAUGGAUGGAGACGGCACGGAAAGCAGCGGUAGCACUGGUCUUGAUGACGCCGGACCUUCCGACCAGGGCACGACGGCCAGAGUCAGCAGAAUGCGCGGUCUACUGGCUCAAGGUCAUCGCAAGAGUGGUCAGACCGAUGUCCAGGGAUCGUCGCCCACGACUGGUCUGCACACACACCACGUGCCACCAUACGACGACGAUAAUGACGACGACGAUGAAAGUCUUGAUUCGGAGACCGAGGACUUGGCUGCCACAGCAAGCAGUUUCCACGUUCCGACCUUACCACCAUACGUCGAUGCUCGACCCACGAUCAAGACGUACUUCAAAAUCUACAGUCCCUCUCGCGGAGGACGGAUGCUGUCAGUAUAUGAAUCAGCGCCGGACAAAUUCAACUUCUCGCAGUCGUGGGGAUGGAAGAGUAGCACGCUUAUGCUCGAUGAGGGAUUCCUGGGCGAGGAUGAUGGUGUCGACGAGCUCGGCGGUGGAGAACAAGAUGGGUCAAGGAGAGUCAUGCGUGGGAAAGGCGAUGGGAGAUUGCGAUUUAUGGUGGUCAUUGGUGACCGGAUUCCAAGCGGAGCGAGUCUGAACACGGAGACCAAAGUUAAGGAGGUCUGCAAGACGAAUGUCAAGCUCAAAGGUGCAGCGUAUCGAACGAGCACUUUGGUCUCCCGCUGCCACGUCGUCUGGAUCCGGAAGUAG